CCCUUUGUGAAGUUUGAGCUAACCUAUGAUUUAAUAGAGUAACUAUGGAUAAGUCAGAGUAGCACCUGCUAGCUUCGCUCGAGCUAGCUCUUUUUUGUUCUUAAGUAAAGACGUCUGUGGUUUCAUCACAUACAUCAUGGCUUCAGAUGACAUUGCACAGCUGGUUGAUGCUCUUUCCAAAACACAUGUUGGGGAUGGAGAGUUGAGCUUUAAAGGCUUAGGAAUGAAGCUGGACAACGCAGAAUCAGUGGAAGAACUGGUCCAGGAGAUAGAACAGUGCCAUGACUUGAGAUCUUUGCGCUUGGAGGGAAACACCCUGGGGGUGGAGGCAGCCAGUGCCAUCGCUCGGUCACUGGAAAGCAAAGAUCGGCUCCAGAGAUGCUAUUGGAGCGACCUUUUCACAGGAAGACUACGCUGUGAAAUCCCAAAAGCCCUGGAAUCACUGGGAAGUGGAUUAAUGAUCGCAGGGGCCCGGCUGACGGUGCUAGACUUGAGUGACAAUGCAUUUGGACCAGAUGGCGUGCAUGGGAUGGAACAGCUUCUGAGAAGCCCCACCUGCCACACAUUGAAGGAGCUGAGGCUCAACAAUUGCGGAAUGGGAAUCGGAGGAGGAAAGAUCCUGGCUGAGGCACUGAUGGAGUGCCACAGACGGUCAGUGGCUGCUGGAUCUGCGCUCACAUUGAGAGUAUUUGUCGCUGGGAGGAACCGUUUGGAAAACGAAGGAUCCAGUGCCUUGGCCAAGGCCUUUCAGUUGAUGGGAAGUCUGGAGGAGGUCCAUAUGCCCCAAAACGGCAUCAACUAUGCAGGAGUCACUGCUUUAGCUUCUGCCAUGCGACACAACCCAGACCUGCGGGUGCUCAACCUCAACGACAACACCUUCACGAAGAGAGGGGCACUGGCUAUGGCUCAGGCUCUGAGACAUCUGAGGAACGUCCAGGUGAUCAACUUUGGUGACUGCUUGGUCCGCUGUGAAGGCGCCAUCGCACUCGCAGCAGUUCUGAGAGAGGGGUUGCCGAUCCUCAAGGAGUUGAAUCUGUCCUUUGGCGAGAUCAAAGAGGCGGCGGCACUCGUGGUGGCUCAGGCCGUCAUGGAAAAACCUUACAUGGAGAAAGUGGAUUUGAACGGGAACUUUUUGGGUGAGGAUGGCUGUGAGGCUCUCAGGGAAGCCAUGGAGAGCCAAGACAAAGCUGACAUGCUGGCUUCACUCAGUGACGACGAGGGACCUGAUGAAGAUGAUGAAGGGCAUGAUGAUGAUGAUGAUGAUGAUGACGAUGAUAACGACGAUGACAGCUGCUACAAAGAAGAGUUUAGAUCAGAAAACGGAACGACAAAUGAAGACAGUCCUUCCAAAUCCCAUUGUCCAGAUGAAGUCUUAUCUUUCCUCCACGCCCCAUCCACUGAGAAGCUUCUUCAGCUCGGAGAGAUGACGAAGCAUCUGCUAUCAGAGGUGGACACGGCGGACCCACACAAGUCUGCUGAUGUGCUUCUGAAAGUGGCUUCUUUAUACAGCGAGGAACCUGUCACCAAGACCACAGUGCUGGAAACUUUUGACACGCUGUUGAGGAAGCUUCUCUCUGGUUCAGCCUUCCAGGCCUACACCUUCCUCUCGUCCCUGCUGGUCCUCAUGGGAAUCCUCAAGGGAGAAGGCAAGAAGAAAAAAGUGUCACUGGUCGCAGGCCAGCUGUUAUGUCUAGAACAUGGCAUCCAGCAGGACUACUUCGCCCAGCACCACGCCUCCCUGCUUCACACCGUCCUGUCAAAGAACCGCGAGGCUCUCGAUACAUGCAGCAAUAGCAUGGAGAGAUUAACCUCCGCCUUGGAGAAGAGGUGCCUCCACCAACGUUGAUCAACCACACACACAGGAUACUGGGCUUCAUCAUUCCUCCACAAUAGAAGCCUGUAAAACCACUGCUUUUUUUUAAUUAAAUCUGUCCAGGAUAUCUUUUUUUUUUUAAUUGUAUUCAUACUAGAGAUGUAUAUUUUUUUAUAGAAAGUACACAAUACAUACCUGCAGACUAACCUCUGGGUUCUUGUGGGAGAAGAAAAGGUCCAGAUGGAAGUUGGCGGCAAACGGGCAGCUUUUGCAAGAUUGUGCUUGUUUCAAAGCAUGCACUUAUUUUGAUUCUUAAAGGGAUACAUCACAUUCACAUACCCGCUGCACUAUGGAUUGAUAUAAAGUCAUAAUUGACAUUAUGUACAGAUGUCUUUGAAGCUGUAAUCCAUAUCAUGAAAAUGCCAUUUCACUUGGCCUGGAACCCCCCCAUGCUUGUAUGGUGACGUACAGCUCGAAGAAAGGACCUGCAUCAUCCUGCAUCAUUUUCACAUGUUUACUGUUUAACAUGCUAAUGGUGGCUUUCACCGUCAGUCUUACUGAAAAGUGUGCGCUUAUGUUACUUGCAUGUUUGUUUCCACACUUUUUCACCAUGAACAGCCUUUAAAUGGAAGGAAGAGUGGCUUGAAUAUUCUGUAAUUGCAUUUACAAUUAUCAUGUUUGUUGAAUGUAAUUUUGUACAAAAAUCUCAAUACACCAACUUUUUUCAUGUA